UGUCUGCGGCUUACUGCAACAAAACGCGUUUACCCUUAAUGCACCGCGGUGAAAACAUGGCCGGCUUACUGAAGAAGACCACUGGUUUGGUUGGACUUGCUGUAUCCCAAAAUCCCCAUGAGCGUCUAAGGAUAUUAUAUUCAAAGAUUCUUGCUACGCUGCAGACCAUUCCUAGGGAUGCAGCAUACAGAAAAUACACCGAGCAGAUCAUCAAUGAGAGGGUAAAUGCUGUCCAUACAGAGCCAGAUGUUCAGAAACUGGAGGAUAAAAUUAAUUGUGGCCAAAUAGAAGAAGUCAUUGUGCAGGCUGAAAAUGAAUUGUAUCUGGCAAGAAAAAUGGUGGAAUGGAAGCCUUGGGAACCAUUAAUUGAAGAACCUCCGGCUAAUCAGUGGAAGUGGCCUAUUUAAUACUCCUAUUUCCUGUAAAUAUAUGUACAAUGUCAUCAAAAGAAAAUAAUAAAAAAGUGACUUUUAUGGUGUA